AUGGACAAACAAAAAUCGACAACAACUGCUGCUGGUGGACUAUCAACAAAGGCUAUCACCACCAAUCAUGCUGCUGUGCUAUCCCAACCUAUUCGCCGAGUUCUUCAAAGUUUUCUUCUGGUCUGGCUUGAUGCCAAUUUCGAUGAAUCCAACGAUCAUUAUAAUAAGUCAAUACAAGAUCUACAGCAUAUUGUAGCAACAAUCACAACAUUUACAGAUGUUGAUCAAUGUGUUGAUUUUCUCAGUGACAUUGAAGAUGAAAAAGUAUUGAUGAUUGUGUCUGAUGCACUGGGACAACAUAUCGUACCAGAAAUUCAAGCAUUGCCACAAUUACACUCAAUUUAUGUUUUCUGUGACAACCAAUCGAUUCAUCAACAAUGGACCAAAACAAUACCUAAAAUAAAAGGUGUAUACACACAAAUUGAACCAAUUUGUGAAGCAUUAAAAAUCGAUUGUGAACAUUGUGAUCGAGGUAUGAUCUCGGUCAGUUUUAAUGGUCUCGAUCCAUUAUUUAUGUAUACGCAAUUUUUAAAAGAAGCCCUUCUGGAAAUCGAAGAUGAUGAUACAAAAUCUAUUAAGGAACUCGUUGAAUACUGUCGUCUUCACAGUGAUGCUUCCGAAAUAACACUCGAAAAGAUCGAGCGAGAAUAUCGUGAUCAUACACCCAUUUGGUGGUACACGGGUCCAUAUUUUAUCUACUCAAUGCUCAAUCGUGGUCUUCGACAAAUGGAUGUCGAUAUUAUACUUAAAAUGGGCUUUUUUAUUCGCCAUCUACAUCAACAUAUUACAGACUUACAUCGUGAACAGCAAAACAGCAAAGCAGCCAUGCCAUCGAAAUUUCAAGUUUUUCGUGGUCAAGGCUUAUCCAUGGAAGCCUUUGAAAAAAUGAAGAAAACCAAAGAUGGACUUAUGUCCUUUAAUAAUUUUUUGUCGACAAGUAGUAAUCGUGAGAUUUCUUUAGAGAGCUUUGCACAACUGGCAGCAUUGGAUGCGAAUUCAGUUGGCAUCCUUUUUGUUAUGAACAUCGAUACGGCUAUUUGCACAGCAUCAUCGACACCUUUCGUCAACGUCAAAGAUGUUGGCUUCUUCGAUGAUAAAGAAGAAGAAAUCCUUUUUUCGGCACAUACAAUUUUUCGCAUCGAUUAUAUAGAACGUAUUGAAGAUAAGCAUACAGAUCGUCUCUGGCAAGUCAAUCUCACCCUCGCUGGUAAUCAAGACGAUGAUUUUAACAAAUUAACAGCACAUUUACGCAAAGAGCAUAGUUGGGCAACAGGUUGGGCUCGACUUGGUCAUAUACUUAUUAAGUUGGGUGAGCCUGCGAAAGCAGAACAUCUCUAUCAGCUACUCCUUGAGAAGGCAACUUCUGAUGGAGACAAAGCGCAGUAUAAUCUUGAACUUGGUACAGUGUAUAAAGACAUAGGAGAAUAUUCGAAACCAAUAACAUUUUACGAAAGAGCAAUCGAUAUCUACAAGAAAAUGAGCCCUCCGAAUCAGCUCGGCUUGGCUGCUUCCUACGGCAACAUCGGCUCGGUGUAUAAUAACAUGGGCGAGUACUCGAAAGCACUUUCAUCGUACGAACGAUCACUUGAAAUCAAAAAAAUAGCUCUCCCUCCGAAUCAUCCCGACUUGGCUGCUUCCUACAACAACAUCGGUAUGGUGUAUUAUGGCAUGGGCGAGUACUCGAAAGCACUCUCAUCGUAUGAACGAGCACUUGAAAUCCAAAAAAUAGCUCUCCCUCCGAAUCAUCCCGGCUUGGCUACUUCCAACAACAACAUCGGUAAUGUGUAUCAUAACAUGGGCGAGUACUCGAAAGCACUUUCAUCGUACGAACGAUCACUUGAAAUCCGAAAAAUAGCUCUCCCUCCGAAUCAUCCCGACUUGGCUGCUUCCCACAACAACAUCGGUAUGGUGUAUAGAGACAUGGGCGAGUACUCGAAAGCACUUUCAUCGCAAGAACGAUCACUUGAAAUCACAAAAAUAGCUCUCCCUCCGAAUCAUCCCAGCUUGGCUGCUUCCUAUAACAACAUCGGUUCCGUGUAUUAUAACAUGGGCGAGUACUCGAAAGCACUUUCAUCGCAAGAACGAUCACUUGAAAUCCGGAAAAUAGCUCUCCCUCCGAAUCAUCCCGGCUUGGCUGCUUCCUACCUCAACAUCGGUAAUGUGUAUAAUAACAUGGGCGAGUACUCGAAAGCACUUUCAUCGUAUGAACGAUCACUUGAAAUUCGAAAAAUAGCUCUUCCUCUGGAUCAUCCCGACUUCGCUCAAUCCUACAACAACAUCGGUAUGGUGUAUUAUAACAUGGGCGAGUACACGAAAGCACUUUCAUCGUAUGAACGAUCACUUGAAAUCCGGAAAAUAACUUUCCCUCCGAAUCAUCCAGACUUCGCUCAAUCCUACAACAACAUCGGUGCAGUGUAUGAUGAAAUGGGCGAAUACUCGAAAGCACUUUCAUCGUAUGAACGAUCACUUGAAAUCACAAAAAUAGCUCUCCCUCCGAAUCAUCCCGACUUAGCUAGUUCCUACCAAGGUAUCGGUUCGGUGUAUUAUAACAUGGGCGAGUACUCGAAAGCACUUUCAUCGCACGAACGAUCACUUGAAAUCCAAAAAAUAGCUCUCCCUCCGAAUCAUCCCGAUUUAGCUAAAUCCAACAACAACAUCGGUUUGGUGUAUAAUAAGAUGGGCGAGUACUCGAAAGCAUUUUCAUCGUACGAACGAUCACUUGAAAUCCGAAAAAUAGCUCUCCCUCCGAAUCAUCCCGAUUUAGCUAAAUCCUACAGCAACAUCGGUAAUGUGUAUUAUAGCAUGGGCGAGUACUCGAAAGCAUUUUCAUCGUACGAACGAUUACUUGAAAUCCGAAAAAUAGCUCUCCCUCCGAAUCAUCCCGAUGUGGCUUCUUGCUACAACAACAUCGGUAAUGUGUAUUCUAACAUGGGCGAAUAUUCGAAAGCACUUUCAUCGUAUGAACGAUCACUAGAAAUCCAAAAAGUAGCUCUCCCUCCGAAUCAUCCCGACCUGGCUAGUUCCUACCUCAACAUCGGUUUGGUGUAUUAUAACAUGGGCGAGUACUCGAAAGCACUUUCAUCGUAUGAACGAUCACUUGAAAUCCAAACAAUAGCUCUCCCUCCGAAUCAUCCCGACUUAGCUGGUUCCUACCAAGGUAUCGGUGUGGUGUAUAAUAAGAUGGGCGAGUACUCGAAAGCACUUUCAUCGUACGAACGAUCACUUGAAAUCCGGAAAAUAGCUCUCCCUCCGAAUCAUCUCGACUUCGCUCAAUCCUACAACAACAUCGGUUCGGUGUAUUAUGACAUGGGCGAGUACUCGAACGCACUUUCAUCGCACGAACGAUCACUUGAAAUCCGAAAAAUAGCUCUCCCUCCGAAUCAUCCCGACUUGGCUGCUUCCUACAACAAUAUCGGUAAUGUGUAUUAUAACAUGGGUGAGUACUCGAAAGCACUUUCAUCGCACGAACGAUCACUUGAAAUCCGAAAAAUAGCUCUCCCUCCGAAUCAUUCCGACUUGGCUAUAUCCUACAACAACAUCGGUUAUCUCUCUUCCGAUGAACCACCCUGA